AGAUCCAGCCAGUCAUUCUGGCGUUCGCACCACCCGGAGAAACUGAGAAUAUGUUAUUACUCUGAUGGGGAUUGUCAGACAAGCCUUUUCUGAGAUAUAACCAACCAUCGGUAUACCGAUACACCGAGACACAAGGACAGCAUCACGGCAUCACUGUCUCCUGAAUACACUGUGAACAGAGCUGAUUUGGAAGAAUCGUGAUCAAGGUAUUUUUAUCAAUAGAAGGUGUGGUGUGUUUGACCCAUAAUGACCCAAAAUGACUCUGACGUCUGGUUCGAGGAGUCUUCAGGUUCAGGGAUGUCUUCACCUCUUUCCCUGCUGGACCAAUCAGAUCCCACGGCCGUGCCUGAGGCCUCUCCUCUCAGCCUAUGGGGAGUGGCACUGUGCAUAUCGGGAACUCUCAUCGUGUCCGAAAACGCCAUCGUAGUGGCUGCCAUCUUGGCUACGCCUUCUCUCCGCGCUCCUGUCUUCCUACUCCUCGCCAGCCUGGCAUUAGCCGACCUGCUGGCGGGCGUGGCCUUGAUCCUCCACUUCCUCUUCCUGUUUUGUGUGGAGCCCACGGAUUGGUCGGAGCUGAUGACGUCAGGGUUGCUGGCAACAUCACUGACGGCCUCCCUCCUCAGCCUGAUGGGUGUGGCCCUGGAUCGUUACCUGUCUCUAAGCCAAGCCCUCACCUACGGCUCCCGCCACUCGCGCCGCUGUGCCGCUGGUCUUCUGGCACUCGUCUGGCUGGGGUCUUGUCUGAUUGGCUCGGGGCCGGUGCUGGGGUGGCACUGCCUCAAUGACAUCACAUCCUGUUCCGUUGCGCGACCCCUGACCCGGACAUACCUGUCGUUGCUCUGCGGUGGCUUCCUUCUGGUCGUCAUGGUCACGCUGCAGCUGUACACCGGGAUCUGCCGUGUCGCAAGGAGGCACGCCCACGCCAUCGCCACGCAGAGACACUUCCUGCCUGACGACCAAUCGUAUGCCAGCAAGCACGGGGGCCGGGGUAAGGGACUCUCUCGGCUGUUGUUAGUCCUCGGAGUGUUCGUCAGCUGUUGGACGCCCUUCGCCCUCUACGGUUUGCUGGGCGACGCAUCUAGCUCGCCCUUGUAUACGUACGCUACGCUAGUGCCGGCGGCAGGGAACUCUCUGCUCAACCCUCUGCUGUAUAGCCUGAGGAACAGAGACAUACGACUGGUGCUGCUGCAUGCCUGCUGUCCUCACAGACACAACACACACAGGCCUGUUGAUGUGUAGGAUGGACACACACACACACACACACACACACACACAUUGACUGCCCCAUAUACGUGAAAAAAUCAAGAGAACAUCAUCAUCACUUGCACUUCAGAUAAGAAGCAAUGAGAAUGUACUGUUCCAGAAGACAGCCAUAUUGGAAUCAGCUGGAAUCAAAUGUGACGUACUGUAUCAUCUUAACAUGUGCCUCAUCCUCACCUAACAUGUAGACCAUCCAGUCUGAUGCAAUCACAGAGGUCCAACGUAAUUCAUCUGGAUCCAACAUAUUUGCUUUAGGAGCACGGGAAAGUGGGUCUAUACAAUGAUACUAUGUUAAGAUAUUAUAUUAUAAGCCUUUGGAUGGUUUGUUGGGACUAUAUACUAUGCUGCUGUCGGUGAACUCCAGAACACUUAGAAAGGGCACUGUGACUAUCUCUGAAAAGGUUUCAGUUUGCACAAUGUUGUUUUUUAUAAAAUGUACAAAUGUUGUCUUUUUCUACUUCAAAAUAAAAGCUAAUUUAUUUUGUAUGCAAAAA